UAACCUAUUCAUCUAACCCCAUGAUGGCCGUGGAUAUAGAGUACAGAUACAACAGCAUGGCUCCUUCUCUGCGUCGAGAGCGCUUUGCAUUCAAGGUAUCCCCGAAGCUGAGCAAGCCCCUGAGGCCCUGCAUUCAGCUAACCAGCAGGACGGAAGCCGGUGGAAUGGUGACCCCAACAGUCCCUGAGAAAAAGGUGAAAAAGCGGGUUUCCUUUGCAGACAACCAAGGGCUGGCCCUGACAAUGGUCAAAGUGUUCUCAGAAUUCGAUGACCCAUUAGAUAUUCCAUUCAACAUCACCGAGCUACUAGACAACCUGGUGAGUCUGACGACAGCAGAGAGCGAGAGCUUUGUUCUGGAUUUUUCACAACCCUCUGCAGAUUACUUAGACUUUAGAAACCGUCUUCAGACCAAUCAUGUCUGCCUGGAAAACUGCGUGUUGAAAGACAAAGCCCUCGCAGGGACCGUGAAGGUUCAGAACCUGGCCUUCGAGAAGAUUGUGAAAAUCAGAAUGACAUUUGACACUUGGAAAAGCUUCACAGACUUUCCUUGUCAGUAUGUGAAAGACACUUAUGCCGGGUCCGACAGGGACACGUUCUCCUUUGACAUCAGCCUCCCCGAGAAAAUUCAGUCCUAUGAAAGAAUAGAAUUUGCUGUGUGUUAUGAGUGUAAUGGCCAGGCAUAUUGGGACAGCAACAGAGGCAAAAACUACAGGAUCAUCCGAGCAGAGCUAAAAGCCACUCAGGGAAUGAUGGAACCACAAAAUGGACCGGAUUUUGGAAUAGCCUUUGACCAGUUUGGAAGCCCAAGGUGUUCUUAUGGUCUAUUUCCCGAGUGGCCUAGUUACUUAGGAUAUGAAAAGCUAGGGCCCUACUAUUAGUGACUGCAGUUGGCAGGCAGUGACACUGAUCAUGGAACGGAGAAGCCAGGAGAAGCGCAAAGUUGAACUGCCCCUUAGGCACGGUUUUUGCAAAGAAAGGGUCCUGCACAGUUUUCUUCAGUCAGCAAGUCCAGCAGCUUUAGAUCACAGAACUGAUUGCUUGCUCAGAGGUUGUUUGCACUGGUCCAUUUUGGCACCCAGGGUGGCCACAAAGGAAUAAGCAGGAUGGUUCCAGAAGGGUCUGGAGAGAAGCCAUGCCUGUGGGCAGUGCUGUGGAAGCUAGAGGAGGAGUUUGAGUUCUCUGCACUCCCAG